CAUAUGUCGCCUGCUUAAGUGACUCGCCAGUCCACAACGGAGAUGCCGAGCGUACUCAUCGUUCUACUGGGUGCACUGGCCCUCUUUCAGGUGCCUGAGGCUGCCGUCGGCCAGGACGUGCCCAUCGAGGGCAUGGACCCGGAGAAGAUGGAGAUCCUGCGGCAGGUGGUGGCGGCGGCACCGGACCGGGGCGACGCCAUCCAGAUGGCGAUGCGCGCCGUCUUCGACGAGAUGCGGCGCGCCGCCAGGUCGCAGGGCGGCGAGCGCAAGGCCACACCCACUGCCGCCCUGCAGGCGGCUCUGGACCGUGGCGGGGGGCUGGUGCAGCAGGCCGACGACGCUCUCCAGAAGCUCGCGAAGGAGCUCACGCUCAUCGCCAAGCAGACAGCUACGAACUUCACGUCGUGCCUGGUGGAGGAACGUGAGCACCUGGCAGAGCUGGAGGCUGCGCUGGGCAGCGAAACCAUGAGCUGCCUGAUGGGUGGCGUAAGGCUGCUGGCUGCCAUCAAGGAACUCAACGGCACUGCCCGGGGACUCAUCGCGGAUGCCAAGAGCUGCUCCAAACUAGACGACACGCUCGUCAAGAUUCAAUGCCGCUCGCAGCUGUUAGUGGAGCUCGGUCCAGAGCUGCUGUCGCGCACUGCAGAGCUGAAAGAGGCAACCGCGGAAGAUGCUGACGCCGUGGCGGACCAAGUGGAAGCGCUCGUGCAGAAGUGCCUGCCGGCCGGGUCUCCGCUGGACCUCGAGGUGCAGGACCUGCUGACGGACAUGGGGCGCUGCACGGCCAGCGCCGUGGCUGCCGCAGAGGGGCGCCGGGACACGCCCCGCGAGGACCUCUAGCCACCUGUAGGCACGCCUCUCGUCAUAGUGCAGUAUCUGUGCCACUCAGGCAAAAUUUGUGCAGUUAUUAGACACGCAAAGUAUAUGAGUAAAUAUAUGGGUAUACGCAAUGAAGAUCAUGGAAAAAUGUUUUAAAAAAGGCAGUGUCUGUAAAUGUAUACUCAACACGGAGUGCUGUUCCUCUAGUUUGUCAAAGUUUACACACACACACACACACACACACACACACACACACACACACACACACACAGAGCACGCGCGCGGACUGGAGACUACAAUGCACAGUAGGAACACCAACGUUUUGCUCAACAUAAACAAAGGACACAGUCUGGACUCUCACUAUACUUUUACAGGAAUGAUCAGCAUCUCAAACUUGCAAAACACUAUUUCCUGCCGUGAUUUCACAUUAAGUUACUGUACUUAGAUCCCUAAGUAUUGUACCGACAAAUGUAAGGAAUGGUGCGAAAUUAGCACUAACAACUAAAAUUAUGGAAACUGUCUUAAACAA